AUGGCAGACGUGUCAGUUGAUAAUCGGAAGGAAAAAAGCAUUUUUCGUGCAAUUGUGGAUGAAUUUUUUGAUUCGAGUACCAUUCAUGGAGUAAAAUAUAUUGGAACGAGGCCUUUACAUGAGAAACUUUGGUGGCUCAUUGUCUUUUCCAUCUCAAUCCUGAUUUGCAUUUACCAAAUUUUCGCUAUUUACACAAAAUGGAAGCUAACUCCCGUUAUCAUCACUAUCGACGAAAACUUCACUCCAAUCGGCGAAAUUCCCUUUCCCGCAAUUACUUUUUGUGGCAGAUUCAUCUUCAACGACAACCAAACGCAAUUCAACUACAACGCUUUCCAAACUGUCGAAAAAAUGUUUUCCGUUGAUUCGAGCGAUUUCAUGUCAAAAUGUCGCGGCAUUGAAUCUCCCGGAGGAUGGCGCUGUCAUCGGGCGUUUGUAAAAAUUGUGACUCGUUAUGGGAUUUGCAUGACUUUUAAUAUGUUGCAAAAAAAUCAAAUUGUGCGAGAAAAUGUCACAAUUUUUUUGGAAGAAGGCAAGAGUGAAACGCAUGGCUGGAAUCCCGAAACUGGUUACGAAUCGAAAAAUCCAAUUUUAGAAAAGGGCGAAAAACGAGCGUUUCCUCAUCGAACUUUUACUGUUGGCCGAAAAUUAGUUGCCAAAGUCAAAAGUUUUUAUUCGGGGCAAUGUUUGAGCAACACUCGAGUUUUUGUGCAUCAUCCAUACGACUUUCCAUGGGAUGCGGAGACUGCCUUGAGCUACCCUGAUCAAUUUAAGACUCCAUCGAUUUUAGUUACGCCGGAAAUGAUGAAAACCUCACUUGGAUUAAGGGAUUCUCUUACGCCGGACAAGAGAAAUUGCUUCUUUGAUGGAGAACGAAACUUGAAAUUUUUCAAAAUUUAUUCAAAAUCGAAUUGUGAACUCGAAUGUCUGACCAACAUCACUUUGGAUCAAUGCAAAUGUGUUCAAUUUUGGAUGCCUCGACACCCUGACACCCCAAUUUGUGGCAUUUCUCAUCACAAAUGUUCGAAUUUUCUCGCUCUUCGUUAUUUGAACAUCAAUAUCGCGACAACUGCGAGAAAAAUUCUCGAAAAAUACGACAUUCCCUAUAAAUGUAAUUGCCUUGAACGAUGCAACAGUGUCACGUAUUCCGCUAAAGACCCGCAGAGCGAGACGAAAAAGUUCAACGACGACGACGAAGAAGAAGAGGAAGAAGUUCCGCCAAUUUAUACGGGAACUGGAGCUGUUACUUUGGAGUCUGGAGUUCCAUUUUCCAUAAAUAGCGUGAUGCCAUCAACUUUUUCGCCAUUUGUUGAUGAAAAAUCCGCUUAUAAUAUUUCGUUCAAAGUUCAAUUCGAAAAAUCUAAGAUUUUGUCCUUUAAGAGGAUUGCGCCGUACGAAAUUUCAGAUUUUAUUGCGAAUUGUGGCGGAUUGUUGGGACUUUUUAUGGGCAUAUCGCUCUUGAGUUUCGUGGAAAUUAUCUAUUUUUGCACUUUUCGACUCGUUGAAGCUAUCGUAAGUGUAAAAAAAGAUAGAAGUCAGUAA